AUGGAUGCUGUGACUGUGUACCAUGGCAAAAUCAGCCGGGAGACGGGGGAGAAGCUAUUGCUCGCCACAGGCCUGGAUGGAAGCUAUCUGCUAAGAGACAGCGAGAGUGUUCCUGGCGUGUACUGCUUGUGUGUUUUGUAUCAAGGUUACAUCUAUACAUAUCGAGUGUCGCAGACAGAAACAGGUUCUUGGAGUGCUGAGACAGCACCUGGGGUGCAUAAAAGAUUUUUCCGGAAAAUAAAAAAUCUCAUUUCAGCAUUUCAGAAGCCAGAUCAAGGCAUUGUAAUACCGCUGCAGUAUCCAGUUGAGAAGUCCUCAGUGAGGAGUACACAAGGGAGAAGUGAUUCUGAUGUCUGCCUGAAAGCGCCAUGAAGAAGACUAACACACCCUGUCCUUUAUUUUCAAUAAUUUAAGUAUAUGCCAAGUCUUGUAUAUUGUAGAUACUACAGUUCAGUGAACUGUAAAUGCCUUUUAAACAGCACUCUAGUCCUGUAAUAGGAGCAUCUCUCCCAUGUCAAAGCUGAAAGUGGAUGUUGUAGAUAGCAAAUGUUUUAAAUUGAGGACUGGGAAACAGAAUCCCUUCGAGUAUUUUAACUUCCUGUAUUUACGAACGAGAAGCAGUUUAAAGCACAAUGAAAACUUUACAAAAGAUUAAUGUCAAUUCUUGCCACAUGUAAAUAAAAAUAAUCUUCAUUUUUUUUUUUUGUCGAAACAGCAUUUCUGUGAAGUGUUUGAUAGUUACUGAUUUUUAAGCUUCUUGCUUGAUUUCAUGGUAGGAAGGUGUUUGGUGUGCAGAUCUCAAGUCAUUGUGGUGCCUUCGGCUUCUUUGGGAUUUGUGACGAUGUGUAUGAACAGAAGUAUU